GCGAAGCUGGGGUUCAGGGCGCGAGCGCAGUCCUGCACACAGACAUCUGGACGGGGGCAACGCCGCGCGUACGCGCACGCAGACGACCGGCCGAACGAGUCCUGCGAGUGCGCGCGCGAGCGAACGCGAGCGAACGCGAGCGCAUCCAUUCCAGCCGCGUCAGGUGCGUGAUGUCACGCUCCUCGCAUCGCGUGGGAAAGCACAGGUGCGAGCCGCCCAAGUUCCACCGCGACACGCGCCGCUGGGACAGACAGGGGGGAAUGAAUCAGGAGAAGUAGAGAGAAAUAAAGGGAAGGAAGGAGAGACCUGCGGACCGCGGCGCGCUGAGGACCCGAAGCUCACAGCCGUUGUUGGGAUGUAAUUCCAGCCACGCAGUGGAGGAAUGACGAGCUGACUGAGUAGACGAGACGCAGUUCGUUGUGGGAAAAACAACUUCUCCUCUCGGGUCUUUUUCGUGUUUUUUCGCCGAUAACAAAUUUGUGCGUGACAAUUUUGCUAGUUUUUUUUUUUCCCUUACGCAGCAUCAAUUGCAUAAGGCUUGUCGGAAAACAACAACUGAGAAAGUGCACAAUAAUUUCUUGCGACAUUCGCAAGACAUCCGUGAAGAUGUAGCGUCGGAAUGACACUUGAAUUUUGAGGAGCUCGAGCAUCACUGAGGCGCGUUCCCGCUGCCGCGCGCCGCUCACGCUGCGCUCGCGCCUUCGCUUCCCCAGCGUUCGCGCUCCUUCUCAGUUGACGUCGCGAACACCCGAACUAAUCAAACAUUUAUAAGAAUACAUUUUUUUCGAAAAAAACUCCAGAAGGAUGGAAGUGGGCGCGAGUGGGCGGACUGUCUCCCGCGAGCCUCCUCGUCGCCGGGGAAGCGCCGUGCCCUCGUUCGCCUGAGCGCGCCCGCGCGCGUACGACACUGUGUGACCGGACGAGCCCCCGCGUGGAUUUAUGAUGUCCAAGACUCUGAAGAAGAAAAAGCACUGGUCCAGCAAGGUGCAGGAGUGCGCCGUGUCGUGGGGGGGCGGCGCGAGCGAGCUCGCCUCCGUGGUGGAGGUGCGCGGGGGGGCCGAGCUCGGCGAGUUCCCGCACGUGGGCCAGGUGAGGUCCGAGCUGCUCACGUGCCACUUGGGCAAGAUCCCCGCCCCGGGGGACGUGCUGCUCGAGGUGAACGGAACCCCGGUGAGCGGCCUCACCAACCGGGACACCCUGGCGGUCAUCCGCCACUUUCGGGAGCCCGUCCGACUGAAGACCGUCAAACCAGGGAAGGUGUUAAACACAGACCUACGUCAUUACCUCAGCCUGCAGUUCCAGAAAGGCUCCCUGGAUCACAAGCUACAGCAGGUCAUCCGGGAUAACCUAUACCUGCGCACCAUCCCUUGUACCACGAGACAGCCCAGAGAUGGGGAGGUGCCCGGGGUCGACUACAACUUCAUCAGCGUCGGCGAAUUCCGCAUCCUGGAGGACAGCGGCCUGCUGCUGGAGAGUGGCACUUAUGAUGGGAAUUACUAUGGGACCCCGAAGCCCCCAGCGGAGCCCAGCGCUGUGCAGCCUGACCUGGUGGACCAGGUGCUGUUCGACGAAGAGUUUGAGGGCGAAGUGCAGCGCAAGCGCACCACCUCUGUCAGCAAGAUGGACCGGAAAGACAGUGCUGCCCCCGAGGAGGAGGAUGAUGAAGAGAGGCCACCCAUGAUCAACGGACUUUCGGAACACAGAGAUGGAUCCGAGUGGAGGAAGACUGUACCGAGCUACACGCAAUCCAGCAGCGCCAUGGACCUGCGCAUCUGGAGCUCUCUACCCCGUGACGACAGCCUGGAGCCCCUGCCCAAGAACUGGGAGAUGGCCUACACCGAGACGGGCAUGGUGUACUUCAUCGACCACAACACCAAGACCACUACGUGGCUGGACCCCCGACUGGCGAAGAAGGCCAAACCGCCCGAGAAGUGCGAGGACGGAGAGCUGCCGUAUGGCUGGGAGAAGAUCGAGGAUCCGCAGUAUGGCAUCUACUAUGUGGAUCACAUCAACCAGAAGACCCAGUUUGAGAACCCAGUCCUGGAGGCCAAGAAGAAGCUGGGCCAGGAAACUGCUGUUGCUCCCCAAGGCCAACAGGGGGCGGCACCUCCAACAGAGGAGGGUGGGGGGCAGGGCUUUGCGCCGGACCCCUCCCAGCUGCAGGGGACCAUGAUCCGCACCACCUUGAAGAAGAGCGCCCAGGGUUUUGGAUUCACCAUCAUCGGGGGCGACCGACCCGACGAGUUCCUGCAGGUGAAGAACGUCCUGAGCGAUGGUCCGGCCGCCCACGACAACACCAUCGCGGCCGGCGACGUUAUCGUGGACAUCAAUGGGACUUGUGUUCUGGGGAAGACUCACGCCGACGUGGUGCAGAUGUUCCAGUCUAUUCCAGUGAACCAAUACGUGGACAUGCUGCUGUGCCGGGGCUACCCGCUACCUGAGGACGCGGACGCUGAUGACGACGGCGCUGCCGAGGUCAUGACUGCUGUUCCCCUCAUAAAUGGGCAGCCGCUGCUGGUUAAGGGCGAAGCCCUGCGUGCCUCUUCGCAGGAGCUCCACUACCUCACCACCGACGCCAGCGGUCGGCCCCUGGUGGCAGCCCUGCCACCUGCGUCGGCAGCCCAGCCGGAGAGGCCCGACCCAUCACUGCUGCAGCCCGAGCUUGUGAGUGUGUCCUUGGUGAAAGGUCCCGGGGGCUUUGGCUUUGCCAUUGCUGACUGCCCUCUGGGACAAAAGGUCAAGAUGAUCCUGGACCCCCAGUGGUGCCGUGGCCUCCUCAAGGGCGACGUCAUCAAAGAGGUCAACAGGCAGAACGUGCAGACGCUGAGCCACGCCCAGGUGGUGGACAUCCUGAAGGACGUGCCGGUGGGCAGCGAGAUCAACGUGCUGGUGCUGAGAGGAGGCCAGACAUCCCCGGUGAAGACUCUAAAACCCAAGCAAGAAAUGACCUCCAGCACAGAAGCCCUUGACCGUGCCCUGGAGUCAGCUCCCCAGGCUCUGCCCUACCCGCCCAGCGCCAUCCGGUCUGGCUCCCCCAAACCGGACCCAGCCGAGCUCUACAUCAAGUCCAAGGCCCUGGUGGAAAGCAGGCCCCCCAGCAUAAAAGACUUGGACAUCUUCAUCAAGAGGAACCAGGAAUCCGGCUUUGGGUUCCGAGUUCUUGGCGGAGAGGGGCCUGAACAGCCGGUGUACAUCGGUGCCAUCGUGCCCCUGGGGGCGGCAGAGAAGGACGGCCGUCUCCGGGCAGGUGAUGAGCUGAUAGCCAUCGAUGGCGUGAUGGUUAAGGGCAGGCCCCACAAGCAGGUUUUGGAGCUGAUGACUGUUGCUGCCCGAAAUGGCCAGGUCAUGCUGACGGUGCGGAGGAAAGUGGUCUACAGGGACGGCGGGGACGCGGAGGGGACGCAGCAGCAGCAGGCAGCCCCCUGCCCCCUGGCGAAUGGUUCGCCUAGGCUUCCCCGUGCUGAGGUGCCUUGCCCCAUCGAGCACCGUUCGUACGACAUUCUGCUGCAGCGCAGGGAGAACGAGGGCUUCGGAUUUGUGAUCCUCACCUCUAAGAGCAAGCCGCCGCCCGGAGCCAUCCCUCACAAGAUCGGGCGCAUCAUCGAGGGCAGCCCCACCGACCGCUGUGGUCGACUCCACGUAGGUGACCGUAUUGUGGCUGUCAACGGCCAGUCCAUCGUACAGCUGUCACACAACGACAUUGUGCAGCUCAUCAAGGACGCUGGCAAUUCCGUCGUCUUGUCUGUGGUGCCUGAAGAGGAGUAUACUGGUCCUCCUUCUGGAACCAGCUCAGCCAAACACAGCCCAGCUCUGCAGCACCGAGCAAUGGGUCAACAGCCAGCCAAUCGGGAAGACCGGUACAACCUGGAGCUGGAAGAAAAGCGGGACGGGGUGGCUUGGGCGGAGUACAAGACACUUCCGCAGAGCGAACAGGGAACGCUGUGUGUGAUCGGCUCCAAACAGAGCUGCUUCCAAGUGGAGCUCGAACGGGGUCCCAGGGGCUUCGGCUUCAGCCUGCGGGGGGGGAAGGAGUACAACAUGGGUCUGUACAUCCUGCGGCUGGCAGAGGACGGCCCUGCCCUGCAAGACGGGAGGAUACACGUGGGAGACCAGAUAGUGGAGAUCAACGGGGAACCCACCCAAGGCAUCACACACACCCGAGCCAUCGAGCUCAUCCAGGCUGGAGGCAAUAAAGUCCUGCUGCUGCUGAGGCGUGGCCAUGGACUGGUUCCAGACCACGGUUCAACAGACGAAAUAAGCGCUUCACCCACAAGCUUCCUGAGAGAAGUUCCCACUUCUGCCGAGCUGCCGGCCCCCGCUUCUCCAUCUGCCAGCUGUACCGUGGUGCCCUUCUCCCUUUCUACCAGGCGAGACGAGAGCCCGGACCGGCAGGCCCGCUCAGUCUCUCCUAGGCUACCGGAACCGCAGCCCAGCUGGGCCGUCGGUCCAGGAAGCAGCAGCAGGACCGUCCCAGACCCGGCCAACGAGCGGGCCAACGGAGCCUCCUUUCGGGUCUCCCGCCACAGGCCUUCUGGCUCACAAGGAGACAAUAGGACACCGUCGGGCACCAAAGACCGGCUGCGGACGACGGAGAGAAAAACCAACCCCAGUAAGAGCACAGACUCGAACCCAGGGCAGCGGACCACCAGGGAUAAGUCAUCUCAACGGUCCCCGAGUCCUAGGAAAGAGCCAAAAAUGGAGUUGCUUGCAGAGACCGGCGCAAAGGAAAAGCGAAGGUCUGAGCGGCGACGACCCACGGAGCAGCAGGAGCUCAUCGGUGGAGCCGGCAGGAAGGGGGAAGGGCACUCAAGAGAGAGGGGGGAGCAGGAGGUCAAGAAAGGGGGAAGAAGCAAGAGGGAUGGGAUGAGGCACACCAAAGAGAAGAAUAACGGGGGAAGGGGCGGGGGGCGAGAUGCAGGGCAGCAGGGCCUGAGGAACAAGUCACACAGGGGGGAGGAGGAGGAGGAGGUCCUGGAGAAAACUGUGCAAACAGAGGGCAGGGGCAGGGAGAGCAAGAUGGAGUUAGAGGAGGGGGAGAGGGAAAGGUAUACUAGAGGCUCCACCAGCAGCUCCCAGGUGACCCCCCCUGGUAAGAAGGGCCCUAUCACCCCCGGCCCCUGGAGGGUGCCCAGCUCCGCUAGAAUCCUGUCCCAUUCGGAAGUCAUGCGCGACUAUUACUGAUGCAUUGGGGUCGGGGGGUGGGCUUCCUUUUGAAAACUUGGGAGCAGUUAUCACCAACCUACACCAACUAGUGGGAGAUGGGGGAGGAGGUCGAUUUUUUUAAGCGUCACUAUUCUUUCCCUUCUCCUCCUGUACAAAAAUUUGCCUUACGUAGCACGUGGAGUGAGUUCCAGCCUGGGGGAGCCAUGCAGUGACCACUCCUCAACCCCACUUCCCCCAUUCCCCCCCACCCCCUCCAUGCCAACCAGGGACUUGUCGUCGUGGCAAGAUGAACUUACCUACUUACGGACUCCUUGCCGUGGAUACCCAUUCCUAGUGGAAUUGACUCAAAGGCGAUGGCGCUCACUGGUCCCUGUCAAGUCGGCGAGAAGGACGGGCGAUGUUCUCCUCUGUGGACGACGCCGCUCAUCUCCACACUGUGUGCUUUUUCGGGCCGUUGGUGUGUUGCAUGCAAAAAAAAAAAAAGGUUCGUCUGCUUUUAUUUCCUCCUCUGCGCCAUUUCGUGACGCUCGGGAGGCUUUUUUGUUCUGUAGCCUUUCGUUUUUGUUGGAAUCCAGUUUGAACGUGCAUGUCCUGUCGGAUCUCCUGAUCGUAGUAUCAUGUAUAGUUUGCAGAAAAACAUAUAAAAUGGGGUGCCAAACAGACAGAAAAAUGUAAUAAUUUCUGUGAAUAUUUAUUUCAAGUGUUUUUGGGGGUGCAGAAGUUGACAGCUUUUUCCUGACAUGUUGAAUAGGUUAUAUUCUCACACAGUCACCACGUACGGUAGGUCCUUCCUUUAAAGUGUUUUUUUAAUUUUUUUUUGUAGUUUGUUUUAAUUUAGUGUCUGCUAUAUGUGUAAAUGUAAUUUUUUGUUCAUAUCCCUGCAGGCUUGUCUUUCAUAAUAUUAUGCACAGUUAUAGUUCCCAUGUAUAAGGAGGGCGUGGGGGCGCAGUGGUGCAGUGGGUUGGACCGCAGUCCUGCUCUCUGGUGGGUCUGGGGUUCGA